AAUCUGCACCUUUCCUCGGUCUGGCAUACCCACCACGCUCCCUGGACUUGGAUUUAAGCCCCGGUGCUCUUCUCCCGGGGCCCUGGUGUGAGGAGCAGCCAACACUGAUCCAACCAUGCUCCGCUGGGACAGACCCCCACACCGCCCUUUUUGUCACUGAGCAACAUGCCUGUCCUGCUUCACCCUGUAAGGGGCACAGCUGCCCUCAUGCAGCCCUCUCUCUCCACAUAGGCCUGAAAGACAUUUUGUCUCCACAGAAAUGGCUUCAUUGCUGAUUCAGUCCAAGCCCGUGGAGAGUAAUGUGAGGUGAGACUUGCCCUUUCACCCUUUGAAGAGCUCAGCGGAGACACUGCAGCAGGAGAGCACUGCUUUUUGCUUCAGAUUAGCGUCGGUCCGCUGCUCCUGACAAGGUCGUAUCAUGGCUGCUGCUGACGCCCACCCGAGUCUGCCGGGGCGAGGAGCGGACUGAAACAUGCUGCGUACUGGCGGAGGGGGCGGCUCCACGGGGGGCCAGCCAUGGGUGCUGCGCCGCGUCCGUCUCACCUGGCUCAGCUUCAUGCUCUUCUUCAUCCUGGUCUUCUUCCCACUCAUCGCCCACUACUACCUGACCACCAUCGACGAAGCCGGGGGACCAGACAAGCGCAUCUUUGGCCCACGACCCGGAGGGGAGCUGUGCGAGGCCAAGCACGUGCAAGACCUAUGCCGAAUCCGCGAGUCAGUCAGUGAGGAGCUGCUGCAACUGGAGGCCAAGAGGCAGGAGCUGAAUGGAGAGAUUGCACGGUUGAACUUGCGAAUUGAAGCUUGCAAGAGGAGCAUCGACAGCGCGAAACAGGACCUUCUCCAGCUUAAAAACGUCAUCAGCCAGACGGAGCAUUCAUACAAAGAACUGAUGGCGCAAAAUCAGCCUAAAUUGUCUCUACCGGUUAGAUUAUUCCCAGAUAAGGAGGAUCCAGGAAUGCCUCCGCCCAAAUCGUCCCGCUCUUGUCGCCUGCACUCCUGCUUCGACUACGCCCGCUGCCCCAUCACCUCCGGCUUUCCUGUAUAUGUCUACGACCCUGCGUCUUACCCGUGGGGAGAGCUUAUUGAUCCGCUAGUGAAACAGGCUGUUUUGGCAGCAGCAAAAAGCAACAUCUACAUAACUGACAACCCCAGCAUUGCCUGUCUUUACUUGGUACUUGUAGGUGAGCUCCAGGAAUCCUCCAAGAUACCUCCUUCUUCUGAUCUGGAGAAGCAGCUCAAAGCCCUUCCGUACUGGAGGAACGACGGACACAACCACGUCUUGGUGCACUUCUCCAGGACAUCCACAAUACAGAAUUUCUUGUACAAUGUGAGCACAGGAAGGGCAGCGGUGGCACAGUCUACCUUCUUGGAGCAGCAGUACCGCGAGGGUUUUGACCUUGUUGUUUCGCCGCUAGUCCAUGCCCUUUCAGAACCAAACUUUUUAGAAAUCCCUGCGCAGGUUCCUGUCAAGAGGAAGUACUUGUUCACUUUCCAGGGGGAGCGGGUGGAGUCGCUAAGGACCAGUUUGCAGGAAGCACCUCCACAGUCGUUUGAAGAGGAGAUCGAAGGGGACCCACCUGCGGACUAUGACGACCGCAUCAUCGGCACCUUAAAAGCGGUUCAAGAUAGCCACUUGGAUCAGGUUUUGGUGGAGUUUACCUGCAAGAGUCCUCAACCAAGCUUACCUACUGAGUGGUCUCUUUGCGGGACCAGGGAAGACCGCUUGGAAGUCCUUAAAGUUUCGACCUUUGCUUUGGUCAUUGCUCCAGGAGAUGGACAAGUGGUAGCUUCAGCUGGAUGUGGCAUGAGGCUAUUCGAAGCGCUAGAAGUCGGCGCAAUCCCGGUAAUUUUGGGGGAUCAUUUAAGACUUCCUUACCACCAUUUAAUCCGUUGGAGUGAAGCAACAAUUAUUGUCCCCAAACCCAGAGUCACCGAGUUACAUUUUCUGUUGCGUAGCUUAUCAGACAAUGACCUGCUAGCAAUGCGACGGCAAGGAAGAUUCUUAUGGGAAGCUUAUUUUUCAACGUCUGAAAAUGUUCUAAACACAAUUCUAGCUAGCAUCAGAACUAGCAUACAAAUACCGGCAGCUCCAAUCAAAGAGGAACCCGUGCAAGAGAUCCCGCACAAGGCUGGUAAAAUAGCCGGGACAGAUGCUAACCUAGCCGACAACGCAGAUCUAGAUUUGGGGCCAGUGGAGACCGAGCCCCCUUACGCAUCGCCACGGUUCCUCCGAAACUUCACCUACACAGCAUCAGACAUAUACAGGACGUGGAACCGUGCCCCAGGACCCUUCCACUUGUUCCCCCACACCCCUCUAGACCCCGUCCUGCCCUCUGAAGCCAAGUUCCUGGGCUCGGGCACCGGGUUCAGGCCUAUCGGAGGUGGGACGGGAGGGUCGGGGAAGGAGUUUCAGGCAGCUCUGGGUGGGAACAUGCCCCGAGAACAGUUCACUGUGGUGAUGCUGACCUAUGAGAGGGAGGAGGUUCUCAUGAACUCUCUGGAGAGGCUCAAUGGACUGCCCUAUCUCAACAAAGUGGUGGUGGUGUGGAACUCUCCCAAGCCCCCCUCAGAAGACCUCCUGUGGCCUGACAUUGGCCUGCCCAUAGUGGUGGUCCACACGGAGAAGAACAGCUUGAACAACCGCUUCCUGCCCUGGGACGCCGUGGAGACUGAGGCUAUCCUGUCCAUAGACGAUGACGCUCACCUCCGGCAUGACGAGAUCAUGUUUGGAUUCAGAGUGUGGAGGGAGGCCAGGGACCGAAUCGUGGGCUUCCCAGGACGCUACCACGCCUGGGACGUCAACCACCAGUCCUGGCUCUACAACUCCAACUACUCCUGUGAGCUGUCCAUGGUGCUGACCGGAGCCGCCUUUUUCCACAAGUACUAUGCCUACCUGUACUCGUACGUGAUGCCCCAGGCCAUCAGGGACAUGGUGGACGAGUACAUCAACUGUGAGGACAUCGCUAUGAACUUCCUGGUGUCGCACAUCACCCGAAAACCGCCCAUCAAGGUGACCUCCCGCUGGACAUUCCGUUGCCCCGGCUGCCCCCAGGCCCUGUCCCACGACGACUCGCACUUCCACGAGAGACACAAGUGCAUCAACUUCUUCGUCAAAGUGUACGGCUACAUGCCCCUCCUCUACACGCAGUUCAGGGUGGACUCUGUACUGUUCAAGACGCGCCUACCGCACGACAAGACCAAGUGCUUCAAGUUCAUCUAGCACCCGGGAAAGACUUGCCAAAAGCUGAGCCAAAAGUGAAACUGAGAGGCUAGCUAGCGUCAAUCUGAACUUGCUCGUAAGUGGGAAAGGAGUGCGUUGACAUUUUGCUCAUCAGAUGGAGUUUUACUGGUCCAAAUCAUGUUAAAUUGGGUUGCGUUCUGACACUAGAAAGAUGCUGACGUGUUAAAUGGAAGGCAGGGACAAAUAUAGUAGUGUAGCAGUAUUAUAAGAAAUGCAUAGUUUUAAAGAAAUAUCCACAUAAAAUCCACUUAUGUUUAACUUGCAAAUUUUAUUAAAGGUGCGCUACUUUUUUGUCGGGCGGUAUG